GUUUCUCUAUCGUUUACAGAAAAAAAUGGAUCACUUAAGGAUUUGGAGGACUCAGCUAUCACAGUACUCCUGUACCACCAACUAAGAAUAUGACAGUUUAUGGCAAUAAAUUUUCAUAAUAUAGAACCACUGAAGAAUUAAAAGAAGAUAUUCUUUCAUAAAAAUAAUGAUAUAGUAUCCAGUUAUUAAAUAAAACUAAAAUAUAUAAUAUUUAAAUUAUUAGACUUGCUAAUAUAAGCAUACACGUGCAGCAGCUACUGUAUACUGAUAGUUACCAAACCUCAAAUUUAAAGAUUUCCUUUCAUGGAAAAAUUACUAUAUUUUGCAAGAAGCCACUGAACAUUGUCAUUAAAUAUUUUUUCAGAGAAGUAUCAUUUCAAGAAACAAAGUCUAUAAAGUCCUACCACUAAGUGAAUUUGAUAUUAUGGCAGCAACUUACAGACUUGUAGUUAGCACCGUGAACCAUUAUAGUAGUGUGCUGAUAGACCGGCGUUUUGAGCAAGCCAUACAUUAUUGCACUGGAACCUGCCACACCUUCACACAUGGAGUAGACUGCAUUGUGGUGCAUCAUAGUGUUUGUGCAGACCUCUUGCAUAUCCCUGUGUCUCAGUUCAAAGAUGUAGAGCUGAACAAUGUGUUUUUGCCCCAUGAAAAUGGGCUUUCCUCAGCUGAAGACUAUCACCAUCAGGUCCUCACAGGCAUACCCAGGGCCAAGAAAGCAUCUACAUUUCAGAAUACCUGUAACUUAAAGGAUAUUGCAGGAGAAGCAAUCAGCUUUGCCAGUGGGAAAAUAAAAGAAUUUUCCCUUGAAAGACUCAGAAAUUCAAACCAUGCAGCUUACAAAAAAGGAAGGAAAGUUAAAUCUGACUCAUUUAAUAGGAGGUCAGUUGAUUUUGACUUACUCUGUGGCCAUUAUAAUAAUGAUGGGACCCCUCCAUCCUUUGGCUUACUCCGGAGUUCCUCAGUUGAGGAAAAAUCUUUAUCUCAUAGAAAUUCAUUUGAUACAAACCUGACUUCCAUGCUUCUUCAGAACUUUUCUGAAGAAGACCUAGUUACUCAGAUUUUGGAAAAACAUAAAAUAGAUCAUUUUUCUUCUGGGACAGACAUAAAAAUGUGCUUGGACAUCUUACUGAAAUGCUCUGAAGAUUUGAAAAAAUGUACAGACAUCAUAAAACAAUGCAUAAAGAAAAAGUCAGGAGCUAGCAUCAAUGAAGGAAAUGGCAAUGAUGCAAUUUCUAACUCUGAAACUGUCUAUAUGAAUGUCAUGACUAGGCUAGCAUACUACCUGAGAAAGUUACCAUUUGAAUUUAUGCAGUCUGGGAAUAAUGAGGCCAUAGAUUUAACAGAACUUGUCAGUAAUAUACCUAACUUACAACUGACUCCAUUCUCCCCAAUAUAUGGGACUGAACAGCCCCCUAAAUAUGAAGAUGUUGUCCACCUAUCAGCCCUUGACUCUGGACAGUUUCAGACUGUUGAAUUGCAAGAUGACAAGCAUAAUUUUAAACAAGCAGACACUGUAAAAGCCACUCCAAACAACACAAAUUCCUUGUGUAGCUUGGAGGUAAACAAUCCUGAAACUCUCAAACCUGUGCAGCUUCAAUCUCCAUCAUUAACCACGAACCCUAUAGAGAAUGUUUCUUCUAGUAACUUAAUGGAAACUCUUUAUAUUGAAGAAGAAUCAGAUGGAAAGAAGUCAUUAUUAGAUAAAGGACAGAAAACAGAGAAUGGACAAGGUCAAGGUCUGCUAAAGGUAAAUGAACAUAAAGAAUUUUCAGACCAUGAUACUCAUCUUAAAAAAUGUCCUGCCUCAGUGCAAAAUGAAAUUGGUAAGAUAUUUGAAAAGCCAACGAUGGUUCAUCCACCUAAGGAAGAAUCUAAAUUAGAAGUUCCUACCAUUGAACUAAAAGGCCAGAGACACUUUAUGAAUCCUAAUAGUCAAGAAGAGAUAGACAAACUGCUAAUGGAUUUGGAAUCAUUUUCACAGAAGAUGGAGACCUCUCUUGGAGAACCACUUGCCAAGGGUAAAAGCAUCAGUUCUCUAAAUAAUCAUAGUCAUUUGACUGGUCAAAUCCAUGAAGAUCUUGAGCCUAAGCCUAUAGUCUCCUCACCUGCAGAAAAAGUCUCACCUUCCUGUCUAACAAGGAUUAUUGAAAACAAUGGACACAAAAUAGAAGAAGAAGACCGAGCCCUCUUACUUCGGAUUCUGGAAAGCAUUGAAGACUUUGCUCAAGAACUAGUUGAAUGCAAAUCAGGCAGAGGAAGCCUAUCACAAGAAAAGGAAAUGAUGCAGAUUCUACAGGAAACCUUGACAACUUCCUCCCAGGCCAGUCCAUCUGCCUGUAGGAGUUCUGUUGGUGAGAAAGCCAAAGAUAGUACUUCAGUUGUUUUGAUUCAGCAGACACCAGAAGUGAUCAAGAUUCAAAAUAAACCAGAAAAGAAACCUGCAAAACCACUUCCAUCUGCAGCUGGCCUUCCAAGUAGUCCCCAAUCUGUCUCCCCUACUCCUCAUGUGAAUGAUGUUGUAACUACACCGUUGUCCAUAAACAUUCCACAGUUCUACUUCCCUGAAGGACUCCCAGACACCUGCAGUAACCACGAACAGAUCCUCAGCAGAGUUGAAAGUGCUUUCAUGGAUAUUGAAGAUCAGAAAGCAGAUAUUUAUGAAAUGGGAAAAAUUGCAAAGCUCUGUGGCUGUCCACUCUAUUGGAAAGCCCCCAUGUUCAGGGCUGCAGGAGGAGAGAAGACUGGAUUUGUGACAGCACAGUCAUUCAUUACUAUGUGGAAAAAGUUGCUAAAUAACCAUCACGAUGAUGCCUCUAAAUUCAUCUGGCUCCUGGCAAAGCCCAGCUGCAUCUAUCUGGAACAGGAAGAUUUUAUUCCUUUACUUCAGGAUGUGGUAGACACACACCCUGGCCUCGCCUUCCUGAAGGAUGCUCCAGAAUUCCAUUCCCGCUACAUCACCACGGUUGUUCAGAGGAUAUUCUACACGGUCAACAGAUCUUGGAGUGGAAAAAUUACUUCAACGGAGAUAAGGAAAAGCAACUUUUUGCAAACUCUGGCCCUCUUGGAGGAAGAGGAAGAUAUAAACCAAAUCACAGAUUACUUCUCUUAUGAACACUUCUAUGUCAUAUAUUGUAAAUUCUGGGAACUAGAUGGUGAUCAUGACCUGUACAUCAGCCAGGAUGACCUAUCUCGAUACAAUGACCAGGCUUCAUCAAGUAGAAUUAUUGAAAGAAUAUUUUCGGGAGCAGUAACAAGAGGGAAAACAGUACAGAAAGAGGGAAGAAUGAGUUAUGCAGAUUUUGUUUGGUUUUUGAUUUCUGAGGAAGACAAACGGAGCCCUACCAGCAUUGAGUAUUGGUUCCGCUGCAUGGACGUGGAUGGAGAUGGUAUACUUUCCAUGUAUGAGCUGGAAUACUUCUAUGAAGAGCAGUGUGAACGAAUGGAAGCCAUGGGCAUUGAGCCUUUGCCAUUCCAUGAUCUGUUGUGCCAGAUGCUUGACCUGGUGAAGCCAGCUAGUGAUGGCAAAAUAACUCUACGAGAUCUGAAGAGGUGCAGAAUGGCUCAUAUCUUCUAUGACACUUUCUUUAACCUGGAGAAAUACUUGGACCAUGAACAAAGAGAUCCUUUUGCAGUCCAGAAGGAUGUUGAAAAUGAUGGCCCUGAGCCCUCUGACUGGGACAGAUUUGCAGCUGAUGAGUAUGAGGCUCUUGUCACAGAAGAAUCUGCCCAGGUGCAGCUCCAGGAAGGCUCCUUUGAAGAUUAUGAAGCAGAUGAACCUGUGUCUCCCUCUGAAUUUGGAAACAAGGGUAAUAAAGUAGUAACUUCAAGCCUUUCAGAGAGAUGUGGAAAGCUUCAGUCAGUGGAUGAAGAGUAGCUGCCAACAUCUACACAGAAGGAUGGUGUGGAGAGAUGGUCUAGUUUGCACACUGCUUUGUAAAGGCUUUGAUUGCUCCAAGUGCACUAGAAACUAAAAUGCUCUUAAGUAGUUCAGCACAGGAGAUCCCUCCAGUUUGCCGAAAACCUCCUGCAGAGAGAGCUCUUCCUUGGAAGUACAUACUGUCAUCAGUUUCCAAAGUCUGCAGUCUGAAAUCUACACCCCUCAGUGUAUGGAGGCUCUCUUGGAAACAAGGCCAAGCACAGGUCUCUGCACAGAAAGAAGCUGCCUUAGUGUUGGCCAGCUUCCCUGGGGCCCCCCGGGCUCCUACAAAACCUAGAAGAAAACUUCACUUGCAGAAAACUUACGUCAAAGAUUCUGAAACUUGGACAAGGGCCUCUAGAAUUGACUUUGUUCUAGUAACAAAAGCACUGCCAAACAUCUCAGAGACUACUUAUGUGUACUGGAGUUCAGGGACCUUGAACUUACCUGGUUUAAUGUAAUUUCACCAUGACCUGCCAAACUGCUAGUCACUUUACAUUCUCAGGUAUUGUAACCACUAGGCCCUUCCAACUCUGCUGGCAAGCUCGGCAGCCUCUGCAUCUGACUGUGGGUCUUGUACAAAAUCUCAAGAAAAAUCCUUAAAGUGAAGGUAAGGGCAGAAUCUGGCACUUAUGAUAACAUUUAUAGCCAACUAUUGGGUGAUUAUUAAUCUACAGAUUAGUUGAUGAUCUAUCUUCAUUUCUAGCAGGCCUACUUGAAGACUUAAGGAACGUGAUACACCAUGAAAACUUCUCACUAUACAGAUUUCCUCCCUUUCUUGAAUACUAGAGUAAGCCAAAAGAAAGGCUCAAACUAAACAGUAUUCCUUACUGGUUAGAAACUACUACACCAGAUAUUUCAUCCACCUCAUUAUCAAACUUGGAAGAAAACAAUUCUCACCCACAGUAGAAAUUACUAUAGUGAUAAAUUCAAAAUCCUGUAUUUUUCAACAGGCCACCAAGCAGCCAAAUCCUACAGUGCUCAUUGUCACCCUUCAUGCUGGAAAAAAAAAAAAAAAAAAAAAAAAAAAAACUAAAAA